GGGGGCUUCUGGGUGGAGAGGGAUUCAGACGCCGCGUCUGGUGUGUCCCUUUGUCCUUCCCGACCUUCCUCAGUCUGCGGCUCUUUUCUCCACUGCGCGCCCGCCUCAGCCGUUCAGCCCUGCAGAGCUGGCGGGUGGACGGGCAUGGAUCCAGGCGGUGGGAGCAGUCUGCGAAGUCAGGGUAGGAAGGCUACACAAAGGAGGCGACGUCCCAGCCCGGUCCUCAGGAAUAAGCGGGCGUGCCCGUGUGGUGUGGACGGUGAGGGGACACUGUAUUAAAUGCCUUAUCUGCAUUAUCAUUGAAUCUUCAUAGCAAUCGAUUGUGAUGGGUACUGGUCAUCUCCCCGGGUUGUAGAUGAGGAAACUGAGGCCUCAGUAACUUUGCUUUAGUCAGUAAAUGAUGAGUGAGCAAAUGAAUUCCCAAGCGUAGACUCAGCCAUACCGCUGCUCUACCUUGCUAAUAACGACCUACCUGUAAGCGACAUUUUUGACUAAAUGUCCUUUAAACAUGUUUUGUGCUCAGCUCUGUAUUCGUGGGCCCUCCAAAGGGGGUACAGGCAGGUAGAAGCCUCCGUCCCUACCUUCUAGGUUGUAUACCUCUGAACUGGUCGACUAAAGAUGCAAAGCCAAGUGCUCCAGUGAGUGUGGUACAGGUUGUUGAGAUGAAGGAGAGAUGGCAAUCAGCUGAAGUUACUGAAUACAUCAGGAAGGAGGCUGGUUUCAGCUGGCUGUGGUUAGGAAGAUCAAUGCGAGGCCAUUCCGAGUCGGAAACAGUCAAGGCAAAAACUCACAGGAUAAUCUCCUGACAUAUCUCUAUGUACACAGACAUAAUAUUUCCAUUGGAAACAGAUCCUGCCACCCGUUAGGAGUCAUCAAGCCUGCGCCCAAGUUCACUUGGACUCUGCUUUAUUCUGGAAAGAUUAAUACAUGGGUUACAGCUCUGGCAGCAUCAAAACUGGCCAGACCAACAGACCUCCCAGGAAAGCAAAACUCCUUUCCCUCAUCCAUGAAGCUGUACUCAUCUUGUUGGAUUCCUGCUGAAGCUGCUCUUUAGCCCAGGCCCCAAGACUGUAUGGUCCCUGUGGCACAGCCAGUGUUGUUUCAGGAGGCAACAGCAUUUGAAGAUAUGACCAAAGAUUGGAAUUAUUUAGAAGGCUCUCAAAAGGACUGCUACAGAGACACAAUGCUGGACAGUUAUGAGAACACGGUCCCACAGGGAUCCUUCUUACAAUUCUCCAUGAUGCCUCAGAGAGCUGGAAAUGAUCCACCUGGGGUUUCAAAUGCAAGUGAAAUGGAAAUGGAGAUAAGUAACAUGAGAGAAAAGUUUCUUAUGAGUGUAACAAAGCUGGUAGAAAGCAAAAGUUACAACAGCAAGGUAUUUUCCAAAGAAAAGUACUUUCAAACAAUAAAGGAAGUUAAAGAAGCUAAAGAAAAAGGGAAGAAGUCAUCACGUGAUUAUCGCCGUGCAGCAAAAUACGAUGUGAUCUCUGUACAGGGCACAGAGAAACUGAUAGAGGCUACUCAUGGAGAACGUGAUCGAAUACGGUAUUAUGUACAUAAGGAAGAGUUGUUUGAUAUUCUUCAUGAUACACAUCUCAGUAUUGGACAUGGUGGGCGGACACGCAUGCUCAAAGAGCUGCAAGGAAAAUAUGGGAAUGUCACCAAAGAAGUUAUUGUCUUAUAUCUGACUCUGUGUAAACAGUGCCACCAGAAGAACCCAGUACCCAAGAGAGGCCUUGCACCAAAGCCCAUGACUUUUAAGGACAUAGACUCCACGUGCCAAGUUGAAAUACUCGACAUGCAGUCAAGUGCCGAUGGUGAGUUCAAGUUCAUUUUAUACUACCAGGACCACUUAACCAAGUUUAUUAUUUUACGGCCAUUAAGAACCAAACAGGCCCAUGAGGUGGUCAGUGUCUUGUUAGAUAUUUUCACAAUUCUUGGUACACCCAGUGUGUUAGACUCUGACAGUGGCGUUGAGUUCACAAACCAGGUUGUUCAUGAGCUCAAUGAGUUGUGGCCAGACCUAAAGAUUGUGUCUGGUAAGUACCACCCUGGCCAAAGCCAGGGCUCCCUGGAAGAAGCAAGCCGUGAUGUAAAGAACAUGAUAAGUACCUGGAUGCAGAGUAACCACUCAUGUCACUGGGCCAAAGGCCUCCGAUUCAUGCAGAUGGUGAGGAAUCAGGCUUUCGACGUUUCCUUGCAGCAAAGUCCAUUUGAGGCAAUGUUUGGUUGUAAAGCCAAAUUUGGGCUAUAUUCCUCAAACUUGCCCCGGGAAACUGUGGCUACUUUACAAACGGAAGAAGAGCUAGAAAUUGCCGAAGAACAGCUAGAAAAUAGCCUUUGGAUCAGGCAGGAAGAAAGGGCUGAGAUUGGAGCAGACAGAUCUGAUAUGGACGAUGACAUGGAUCCCACUCCUGAAGCUGCAGAACCCAGCACCUCACAAGGGACUUCCGGUCUCCUCUGCUGGUGAACAGAUGGCCACUGGGUGGACAGUCACAGGUGUCUCUCUGAGCAUAGUCAUCUGAGAGCUGUUGCCAGAGGCCCCGGCAGAAAGGAUUGAAGGCUGCACUCUCAGGUCAAGUUGUACAUGGCAGUCCUUGCUCAAAAAGACAAAAGUUUGGGUCUGUGUAUUUAUUCUUAGGGCUGCCAUAAAAAAUUACCACAACCCGGCUGGGCGCACGGCUCAUGCCCGUAAUCCCAGCACUUUGGGAAGCCGAGGUGGGCAGAUCACUUGAGGUCAGGAGUUCAAGACUAGCCUGGCCAACAUGAUGAAACCCUGUCUCUACUGAAAAUACAGAAAUUAGCCAGACUUGGAGCCGUGUGCCUGUAAUCCCAGCUAACUAGGAGGCUGAAGUAGAAGAAUCACUUGAACCCAGGAGGCAGAGGUUGCAGUGAGCUGAGACCAUGCCACUGCACUCCAGCCUGGGUGACAAAGCAAGACUCUGUCUCAAAAAAAAAAAAAUUACCACCACCUGGGUGACUUAACAGAAAUCGAGUCUCACAGUUCUGGAGGCCCAAAGUCUGAAAUGAAAGUGUUAGUUAAGGUAGGUUCUUUCUGGAGGCUCUGGGGGAGAGUCCAUUCCAUGCCUUUCUCCUUCCUCUAGUGGCCGUCAGCAAUCCUUGGCAUUCCUUGGCUUGUGACAGUGUAAGUCCAGUCUCUGCUUCUGUCUUCAUGUGGCUUUCUCCCCUGAGAAUAAAUACACAGACCCGAACUUUUCCCUUGUUAAGCAAGGACUACCAUGUACAAGUUGACCUGAGAUACACAGGAACACCUUGUGUGUAUUCUUUCCUGUCUCUUGUAAAGACAUCAUUGGACACCAAAUCCGUGUCACUGGAUUUAGGGCCCACACUAAUGAGGAUGAUCUCAUCUCGAGAUCCUUACCUUAAUUAGAUCAGCAAAUACUCUUUCCAAGUAAGGUGACGUUCACAGGUACUAGGGACCUGAACUUGGACUUAUCUUUUUUUUUUUUAAUUUAAUUUAUUUUAUUUUUUUAGAGACAGGGUCUCCUUAUAUUGCCCAGGCUGGUCUCAAACUCCUGGGCCCAAGGGAUUGGCCUCCCAAAGUGCUAGGAUUACAGGCUCGCGCCACUACACCUAACCAGGACUGACUUUUUUUUUUUGAGACGGGGUCUCGCUCUGUCACCCAGGCUGGAGUGCAGUGGCACAAUCUGGGCUCACUGCAGCCUCCACCUCCCCGAUUCAAGCAAUUCUCCUGCCUCAGCCUCCCCAGUAGCUGGGACUACAGGCGUGCACUGCCACACCCGGCUAAUUUUUUUUUUUUUUUUUUUUUUUUGGAGACAGAGUCUCACUCUGUCGCCCAGGCUGGAGUGCAGCGGCAUGAUCUGGGCUCACUGCAGCCUCCGCCUCCCAGGUUCAAGCGAUUCUCCUGCCUCAGCCUCCCAAGUAGCUGGGACUACAGGCACGCACCCCGACGAACCCAGCUAAUUUUUGUAUUUUUAGUAGAGACCGGGUUUCACCAUGUUAGACAGGAUGGUCUUGAUCUCCUGACCUCGUGAUCCACCUGCCUCUGCCUCCCAAAGUGCUGGGAUUACAGGCGUGAGCCACCACAUGCGGCUGGACUUACAUUUUUAAGAGACACAGUUCUCAUUAUAGUCAAUAGAAGAAUAUGUUUGCAAAACAAGAACUGAUGGAUGAGGUCUCAAGAAUGUAAAGCUGGUGGGACUGCCCUAGAUAUAUCUAAUACAUAUUCCUGCCUCUCAGACACAUACCCUAAAACAUGGAGGCAUCACAGGAAAAUAAGCAGAUGAAGGAAGGCUGGGCACAGUGGCUCAUGCCUGUAAUCCCAGCACUUUGGAGGCUUAGGCGGCUGAUCAUUUGAGGUCAGGAGUUCGAGACCCGCCUGGCCAACAUGGUGAAACCCCGUCUCUACAAAAAUGCAAAAUAUUAGCCGGGCAUGGUGGCAUGCACCUGUAAUCCUGGCUACUCAGGAGCCUGAGGUGGGACGAUCCCUUGAACCUAGGAGGCAGAGGUUGCAGUGAGCCGAGAUCAUGCCACUGCACUCCAGCCUGGGUGACAGAGCAAGGCUCCAUCUCAGAAAAAAAAAAAGUAGAUGAAGGAAAAGUAAUAGGAAGAAACGAGGUUCAUCUGAGAUGCCCUAGAGACUGGCCACCUUACCAACGGCUCUGUUUCCCGCUUUAGGAGAAACUGUGCCAUCCCUUUUCUCAGAACAUUAUGCACAGAUAAUUGUGUAACUGCAUGAAACAUAUAUUAAAAUUAGGUCAGAAGUAAGGUAUGGUUGGAAUUUGAGUAUGCGUCUGCCACUUGUCUGUGUCUCAAGCACUUAAAAACAUAUCCUAUUCCUGGCACAGUUCAGUGCAUUUCAGGAAGUGACCAGUAGUCAGGGAAAUAAUCAAGGUUUCUGGAACAAAAUGCAAGAGUUGGCCUGACAUCACUGCUCUACCUAGAGAGGAGUAGGGCAAGGCCAGUCUGGGUCAUGAUUCAGAAUAAGGAUGACUGACCCAGCCACAGGGAGGACAGUGCCCAGGAUCUGUGUACUCCUACAUUCCCAACGCCUAAGAGUGCCCAGCCCAUGGAAGGUGUUCAGUGAAUUUAAUGAAUAAAUGAUUCUACAGAAAUGGGCACAGGGAAGGAGAAAGGGCCUGCAGUCUUUUAU